GCACCUCUCCACUUUUGAGUAUGACGUAGCCACAGUGUUAACUCAAAGCUGUAGUCUCGGAAGGGGAUGUUGUUUUGUUUGUAGAGUAUUUUGGGGGGAUUUGGUCUCUUGUAUUAACUCCGUAUGGACGUAAAUUACCACUAAAACUGUAAUUUAUUAUCAGUCGACGAAUUAAAUGACUGUUCUGGGCUACAUUUUAAAAAUUCUAACAUCGAAUUUGCGGUAGGAGCGGGAGGCUUGUUUCCAAGCCCGGUUCCAAAAAAGCCAAUGGAUGCGCGCGUUUCGGAGUUUUUUGGUUCAGGAAAUGGAAACGGCUCUGGGUCCCAAGGAGCUACAAGUAGCAACAAACCGGGAAAUAGUCAUGGGGCUAUUUCAAAAAAGGCUUCGGCAAAAAGCAAGAGAGCAAAAGCCCGAUUCUCCCGCAGCUUCAAACCAAGCAAUAACACCCCAUAUCUCCCUCCAGAGGCUGAAGAGGGAAAUAUAGAGUACAAGCUUAAGCUCAUAAACCCCACACAAUACCGCUUUGAGCACCUGGCAACGCAGAUGAAGUGGCGACUGCAGGAGGGUCGAGGCGAAGCGGUCUAUCAAAUAGGUGUGGAGGACAACGGCAUGCUUGUGGGCCUGUCAGAGGAAGACAUGAGAGCUUCUCUGAAAACCCUCCACAUGCUUGCAGAAAAGAUUGGAGCUGACAUCACGAUUCUUAGACAGAGGGAGGUGGAUUACGACGCAGACGUUCCCCGAAAUAUUGCUGAAGUUCUUAUUCGCAAGGUGCCAGAUGACCAGCAGUUCUUAGACCUUCGUGUGGCAGUGCUGGGUAAUGUGGACUCAGGAAAGUCCACUCUGUUGGGCGUUUUGACACAGGGGGAAUUGGACAAUGGACGGGGAAGAGCAAGGCUCAACCUCUUCAGACAUCUGCAUGAGAUUCAGACCGGACGCACCUCCAGCAUCAGUUUUGAGAUCCUUGGUUUCACCAGUAAAGGAGAGGUGGUGAAUUACAGCGAGUCUCGGACGGCAGAAGAAAUUUGCGAGAGCUCCUCUAAAAUGAUCACCUUCAUUGAUCUGGCGGGUCAUCACAAGUACUUGAAAACCACCAUCUUCGGCCUCACCAGCUACUGUCCAGACUUCGCCAUGCUAGUCGUCAGCGCGAACACAGGCAUCGCUGGAACAACACGAGAGCACCUUGGUCUGGCCAUGGCCUUGAAAGUCCCCAUCUUCAUCGUCGUCAGUAAAGUGGACCUCUGCACACGGGCCACUGUGGAGCGCACGGUGCGGCAGCUGGAGCGCGUCUUGAAACAGCCGGGCUGCAACAAAGUUCCCAUGGCUGUAAGCAGUACUGAUGACGCCGUCACUGCAGCUCAGCAGUUUGCUCUGUCGCCAAAUAUCACACCAAUAUUUACCCUGUCCAGUGUGAGUGGUGAGAGUUUAGACCUGCUUAAGGUCUUCUUCAACAUUAUUCCUCCUCUGAGCAACAGUAAAGAGCAGGAGGAGCUUAUGCAGCAGUUGACUGAGUUCCAGGUAGAUGAGAUUUACACAGUUCCAGAGGUGGGGACAGUGGUGGGAGGUACUUUGUACAGUGGUAUUUGCCGAGAGGGAGAUCAUCUUGUAGUAGGACCCACAGAGUUGGGUCAGUUCCACAGGUUGACUGUCGGCAGCAUCCAGAGGAACCGCUCGGCAUGCCGGGUACUCAGGGCCGGCCAGGCCGCCACUCUUGCUCUGGGAAACUUUGACCGAUCGCUGCUCCGAAAGGGCAUGGUGAUGGUGAGUCCAGAGAUGGAUCCUACCAUCUGCUGGAUGUUCGAGGCUGAGAUCGUGCUACUCUUCCACGCUAAGACUUUCCACAAGGGCUUCCAGGUUACUGUGCACAUUGGGAAUGUGAGACAGACCGCCACAGUGGAGGCUUUGUAUGGCAAGGAUGAGCUAAGAACAGGCGAGAAAGCAGUGGUCCUCUUUAAGUUCAUCAAACACCCAGAGUAUCUGAAGGUGGGAGCCAAGGUGCUCUUCAGGGAGGGGGCAACCAAAGGCAUCGGCCACGUCACAAAGCUUCAGCCCAUCGCUCAUUUCCCCGCUUCUCAGUUGGAGGAUCAGGAAGCCUGAUUUGAUUGUUUUGGUUUGUUUUUUGUCAGCCAUGGCUUAAAAAAAACAUAGAUGAGGUGCUUAGAAAACACCCUCCAAAGGCCAGCAUGCUCUGUCUUUGCACAGGAAAUCCUUCCCGCUGGAUUUUGUUAUGUAAUCUUCUUCCAAAGACGUGUCAGUGCCCCAUGUGUGUCUUUUCCAACCUUUUAAAUACUUGCUGGUGUUUUACUCUGCCUUCUGUUCUUCAGGUGUUAAAGCGGUGGCUUUUGUUUUAAACCAAUAACAAGAAAACGCCUCGAGAACCAGCUUAACACUUUAAAGUCUUCCAACAGAACUCCUCUUUACUGCCGUCCCAGUUUGGUAGCUGUAGAAUUUUUAGAACCAAAGAAACUUCGAGAGGUUAAAAUGCACUCCUUAUAGUAUUCAGAAUCCAUUCAAACAGGACUGAACUGUGCACGGCCAUUUUUAAUGUAUUUCCUGCAGAUGUUAUAAGCUUCAGCUGCUUUUGUUUUUGUGGUUUCACCAGCUUUAAUCGUGACCCACAGCAGCUGUGUCAGCAGGAUAGAACCUCUGACCAUUUGAUCUUAAAUGUUCCACAAUGUAAGCUGUGAGGGGAGUUGGUGGAGGUCAGACUCAGCCUGCCAGACUUCUGCUUCCAGCUGAGAUUCUGGUAAGAAUGUAAAGGGACUUUAGUGAGUCAGCCAGGGCAGCUCCGAUUGCCUUUCACUUCUUUAUCUGUCCUUUUAUCCACAUACGAGGCCUCAAUCAUUGUCCAGUUGGGUUUGAACAACCUUACUGGUGAACUCAAGUGCUUUAGUUUCUCAGGUCAGUAGACGUUUUGAUAGACUGCAUUCCACUUUCACAGAAGCACUGGCAUAAAGAUGUCCUUAACCGAGUUGGAGAUCACAGAGUGAAGCUGCUUUCAGAUCCAGCAGUGUGGUUGGAAAAACGUCAUUAUCCACUUACUGACAGCACGACCUAUGAAGGCGUUCAGAUCGGUGCCUAGUGGAACUACUAUUGCAGUAGUUUCAUCACUGCCUAAAUGUAAUAGUUGAAAUGUACUUAAAUUGGUGCUCUAACCAGAAAUAGGCUCCAAAUGUUGAAAUUUCACGUUAAAUUCUCUACUCUCUUGUUCGUGUUCAAUUUUAGCUUAACUUUUGAGAUAUAUAUUUUUAUGCAGAUGACCUACUCUUUAUCACCACUCACUCAGUCCAAGUCUGCACUGUUUGUGUGCAAACACAGAAACAUUUAAGGUGUUCACUCACAUUAUUUCAAUCUUUAAAAAGAAAGUUUGGGUGAAUUUGUUUGAAUGCACCAAAGUUGUAUUUAAAGAUUGGUUGUAGUUUCUGGUUUUAUACCUUGUUCACAAUUUUUUACCUGUUUUUUAGCUCCAACUUAUAUUUACUCUUUAAAUUCAGAGUUUACGUUAUUUUGAAUUGAAAAUAUAGUUUUAUUUGGGUGAAAUGCAAUAUUUAUGUACAGAUCCAAUGUGUGUGUUGUGGUGUACAUAAAUAAAACUUGUUACUUUCUUGA